AUGUCAACAAAAUUUCGUCAAAGUUUUGGUCGUCUUUGUGGGGGAUGUAAUGCAUCAUCAAAAAGUCAACAUGCAUCAGCUGUACUAUUCUGUAAAGGAUAUACAAUGCGACCAAUGCUAAUGAGUAUAAAUAGAGAUGGUCUUGGUGGUACAAUGUCAACAACAACUAGAUUACCAUAUCGUCCAACAAAUAUUAGUCAGUUACACGAAAAAAAACGGCUACUAACUGACAAUACUCCAACACCAAUAACCACAGUUACGAUCAAUCAUGAAAACUUUAUUUUUCCAUAG